AUGACUAACCUUAUUUCCUUUAUUGCUCUUCUUGCCAUUUUCAACGUCUCCGCUGGAUUCGACGAUCGAUGCCACGCUGGCGAGGUCCUGAUGUUGCUAGCUCCAGAAGACGUCUAUCAGAAGGAGCCUGUUGUUCCAUCUAUCGUCAUGGAACUCCCAGAACUCUAUGAUAACGUUACAAUUCUUCCGUCUGUUCUAGAAGUUCCAAAACAAGUGGAAACCUUCGAAUACAAUGAGGAGGAUUUCUAUGGCGACGAGGAUUCAGAAGAAUAUGACGGAAUGGACGAUGACGAAAUCAAUGAGAGAUCUCUGAGAAUCGCUGGAUUUGUCGGACAGUGCAUGGUCUUCUUGUUCGUCUUCAACAUCGUCACCUUGGAUAUCGAGCAUUUCGAUGAGCCUGAGGAAGAGGAAAUCGUUGUCGUUCACAAGCUUCACAGAGCCGUGGAAAUCCAGACAUGCCCAUUGCCAUCGCGUCAGAAUAUCCGGAUCGUCAAGCGUCUCGUGGAAUCGUCGGAAUGUUGA